AAAAGAAAAAGAACAGAUAAUUUGAUAAGGUGCAAAGUAGAUACAUAAUAGGAUAUUCCUGGUCUUAAGGUUUCUUUUCUCGGUAUUCCUUUCAAUUUCGACUUUUUUUUCAGUCUUUCCAGUCACCUACUACCCGUUUACUUCAGCCCAUGGGCAACUGUUGCUCCGACGUCGCCGGCGGAAAAAUGGCCGUCGGCGGCACCGCCUCCGACCACCUCAACUCGGCCAACGGUCCCAACGACGCCGUCGAUAACUUCCUCAGGUCUCGCGGUUAUAACGGCCUCUUCUCUCAGAUCGAGUUGUCGUUUUCUGCUUCUGGCUUGCGUGACCGGGAUUUAGUAUCCAAGAGUGAUCCAAUGCUGGUUCUUUAUGAAAGAGGAAAAAAUGGAGCACUGAAGGAACUUGGCCGGACAGAAGUAGUUCUGAAUUCAUUAAAUCCUCAAUGGAUUACUAAACACACGCUCACUUAUCAUUUUGAGACUGUUCAGGAUUUAGUGUUUCGUGUGUAUGAUGUUGAUACUCAAUUUCACAAUGCAAGUGUAAAGAUGCUUAAGCUAGAAGAGCAGGAACAUCUAGGUGAGGCAACCUGUGCAUUAUCUCAGGUAAUUACAAAGUUUGAUCGAUCAAUGACAUUAGAUUUACACUCAGAAGAUUUUACCAGAUCUACCCAGUCUCGAAACUGUGGAAAGCUCUUGGUGCAUGCUGAGGAAUGUGUUAACUCAAAGACAACAGUAGAAAUGACACUCAGGUGUUGUGAUUUGGAACAUAGGGAUCUCUUCUCAAGAAGUGUAUGUGAUCCCUUUCUAUUGAUAUCAAAAGUUGUGGAAGGUGGUAGUCAUAUUCCAAUUUGCAAAACCGAAGUUAUAAAGAAUGAUCUCAACCCAAUAUGGAAGCCAGUGUUCUUGAAUAUUCAACAAAUAGGAAGCAAGGAAAGUCCUUUGAUAAUGGAGUGCUAUAAUUUUAACAGCAAUGGGAAACAUGAUUUGAUGGGAAAAGUGCAGAUGUCUUUGAUGGAGCUGGAGAAGCUUUAUUCCAGUGGCCAAGGAGGAAAUUUAUAUUUGUCUGCUGCUGCUGGUCAUAAUUCUCAUAACAAGAUGUUAAAGGGCCGGUUAUACGUGGACAAAUAUGCUGAAAGUGUUCAAUAUUCUUUCUUGGAUUACUUGGCUGGGGGGUUUGAAUUGAACUUCAUGGUGGCUGUUGAUUUUACAGCUUCAAAUGGAAAUCCACGCCUUCCAGAUUCUUUGCAUUAUAUCGAUCCUUCAGGACGGCCAAAUGCAUACCAGAGGGCAAUUUCAGAGGUCGGGGAGGUCUUACAGUAUUAUGAUUCAGACAAGCGAUUUCCGACAUGGGGAUUUGGAGCACGACCAAUUGACGGUCCUGUCUCCCAUUGUUUCAACUUGAAUGGAAGCAGCCAUUACUGUGAGGUGGAAGGCAUCCAAGGAAUCAUGAAGGCAUACACAAGUGCCCUGCUUAACGUUUCUCUUGCAGGACCAACUCUUUUUGGACCUGUCAUAAGCAAUGCUGCAAGGAUUGCCAGCCAAUCUGUAGCAAAUGGCGGAAGAAAGUACUUUGUCUUGUUAAUCAUCACCGAUGGAGUAGUGACAGAUCUCCAAGAAACAAAAGAUGCUCUCGUUAAAGCAUCGGAUCUACCAUUAUCAAUCCUUAUUGUUGGUGUUGGAGGAGCCGAUUUCAAAGAAAUGGAGAUUUUAGAUGCGGACAAAGGAGAGAGGCUUGAAAAUUCAUCUGGUCGCCUUGCUUCACGUGAUAUAGUCCAGUUUGUUCCAUUUCGUGACGUUCAAAGUGGAGAAAUUUCAGUAGUUCAAGCACUUCUAGCUGAAUUACCUACUCAAUUUUUAACUUACGUGCGGAGCAGAAGUAUCCAACCGACUGUUUAGUAAUGUAAAGUCUGUACAUUUACAAAAUUUCUAUUCAUUGAUAUUGUGGAAUUUCCACGCUGUUCCAUUUUCGGUAUCUUCAAUCGGAAAAAGGGCUUAAAGGGCAGAUAACUCGUCCUUUGUUCUAAUUGUUGAUGUUGAUUAACGUGUCAAGAUGAGUUCACCAGUGUCCCAUCCAGCCACAUAGUUGGAAUUUCAUUUUCUUCCAUGUUUUUGGGGGGCUUUUCGGGUUAAUUCGGCCCCCAAAAAAUCUACUCUUGUACAGUGUAACUCAAAUUUCUCAUUAUAUGUUCUAAGCAUAUUAAAUAUAUUUAUUUUUGAA